AUGAAAGCAAUAAAGACAGCUGGAAUCAUCUUCAUCUGUUUUUCACUGCUUCACGGUUUUGUUGCAUCGCUGAACUGCACCAGCCCAACACCUGAAGGCUUGUUUGAUGCACUUGAAAAGGAAUUAUUUUCUAAAAAACUCCUACGGCCUGUAAAACACUUCUCACAUCCACUGAAUGUGUCCAUCGAUAUGACUGUGGUGGGAUUAUUAGGAGUGGCAGAAAAAGCACAAUCCCUGACAACAUUCAUAUGGCAAGUCCUGGAGUGGCAUAUAGAGGGACUGAGCUGGGAUGAGGAGGAAUGUGGAACUUCAAGAGUCUCUGUCCCUCGGGAAAAACUUUGGGUCCCAGACAUCCAGAUUGCAGAGUUCAUGGAUGAAGACAAAUCUCCCAAAACUCCCUAUGUCUACUUAUACAACACAGGCCGUGUAUAUGAUGAUAAGCCAAUCAGGGUGGUCAGCUCCUGCAGAUUAGUAAUCUACACUUUCCCCUUCGAUGUCCAAAACUGCUCUCUGACCUUUGAAUCAUAUCUACACUUUCAAAAUGACAUAAGGAUGACCAUAGGCACCACAGCUACAGAGGCCCUGAAUGAGUCCAAAAGUGUAAUACAGACCAAAGGGGAGUGGGAGCUUGUAAAUAUCCAAGCAGUUCCAACUAACCUGGACAUCACUGAUGGAAGCUACUCUGAGAUCAAAUACUAUAUCAUUAUCAGACGUAGGCCAAUCCUGUAUGUGGUGAACCUCAUUAUGCCCAGCUGCUUCCUCAUCACUGUGGACCUCUUCAGCUUCCUGCUGCCUCCCCAGAGUGUGGACCGGUCCUCCUUCAAGAUGACCCUCAUCCUGGGCUACACAGUCUUCCUGCUCAUCAUGAACGACCUGCUGCCUGUCACUGGAAAUGAAACACCUCUCUUGAAUGUUUUCUUCUCCCUCAGUCUCGCUCUGAUGGUGGCCAGCCUAUUGGAGACCGUGUUCAUCACUAACAUCCAGUUCAGCUCCAGCCAGUACAGUGAGGUGCCUCACUGGCUCAGUGUCCUCGUAUUACAAUACAUAGCUGUUAUUGUUUGUCUCCCUCCAAAAAAGAACCGCAUCACAGUCUCUUUACGCCCAUCUACGAGAGCAGUGAGUGCCAACAUCAUCUCUUCAAGAGAUCUUCAGGGCGUCGGUGGUGGCGCAGAUACAGUGAAACCCCCUACGGAGCCGGCCCUGGAUGAACUGAGGAAGCUGAGCAGAGACCUCAUGGCCAUCCGCCUCCAGAUGGAAAAUCACUUCAGGGGAAGCAAAACCUCUCAGGAAUGGCACAUGAUCGGGAUAGUCAUUGACCGUCUGCUGUUUGGCUUGUACAUCGUCUUCAUCACAGUCAGCAUCAUCACCAUGUUAUGCGUCUGGGUCAAUAGUGACACAUAUGAAAAUUGACUCAGUUAAAUCACACCAUUAUACUAAUCAUUGGGAAAAGAAUGACCAGUUGGCAGUUACAAUAGUAAAAUUGAUAAUAACAUGCUGUAUUAGUUCUUGGUUUUUGCAGUAGUUCUAAAGGAAAAUUCAAAAUGUCACUUCUUUAACUCAAAAGAAAACAAAUGAAAUGCAAAAAUAUCCAUCAUAUGUGCUUUUCACUGAAUGCAGUUGAAUCUAAAGCCACAUAUAGCGUUGUUUAUGUUGUUUGCCUUUUUCCUGCAUAACAUUUAUUUUUUCUUAAAUGUAAGCUUGGUCGCUGAUUAACAAGUUUCUAAACAGCAAAAAAAUAAGCACAUGAUUCUUCAGCAAAGUGACUUGAGAAUGGAACAGAUGUUAAGAGGCAGAGGUGUUAAAAAAUAACACGGGUGAGUGGUUAUCACAGGUGUGGAACAACAAGUGCCUGAUGCGUUUCGCAUUUUUAUUCGUGAGGAUUGAAUGUCCUCAAAGUGAUAGGAACAUCCUGUCGGUGGCUUGCUUUGUGAAAGUUUGAAACCCUCACAUUUUACACGAAUACAUCCAUAGUUUUAACGGUUAAAAUGUUCAUGUGCCUAUUUGUAAUCAGUCCAGUUUUGUGUUUGCUUGUAUAGGUAAAGUGUGCGAUUAGUUUUUGUUUAAGCUUAAGCUUUGGUGAGGAUCAUGUUAGACAUGUAGGAGUGGUGGUAAAGGUUAGGAUUCUUAAGUCUCCAGA